UGUUUGGAGAGAGCCAUGAAGUUCUCAUUCGAUGAAUUCCACCUCUGGAACCAACUGGGUCUGUCUCUGAUGGCAGCUGGGAAGUUGAAGGAGGCCGAGGAGCUCUCCCACACUGUGGUGUCCAUGGGGGAGGAGGCGGGGGAGUUCCUGCCUCGGGCUCACCUGGCUCUGGGACUCUGCUUCAGUCUGCAGGCCUCUGAGGCUUCUCUGAAAGCAGAUCGCGACGAACUCAACAAGAAAGCUGUGACAGCUUUGAGCAAAGCUCACUCAUUAGACCCUGAUGAUGCUCAGAUCUCCAUGUACCUGGCUCUGCAGCUGGCUCUGGUUCGUCAGGUCUCAGCAGCAAUGGAGCCUCUUCAGGCAGCUCUAUCAGUGCGGGCCGAUGAUUUACAUUCUCUGCACCUGCUGAGCCUGUUGCUGAGUGCACAGAAGCAUCACCGUCACGCCAUGGACACGCUCAGCCUGGCCCUCAGCCAACAUCCUGACAACUUCAAUUUGCUGCUGACCAAGGUGAAGCUGCAGGAGGUUUUGUUUGGACCCUCUACAGCUCUGCAGACCUGUGAGGAGCUGCUGCAACUCUGGCAGACUUCUUACGAUUUCACUCGCUUCAGUGAAACAGAUGACAGCAGCAGUUUACCUGUGGCAGAAAAGUCAGACAGCAGCCCAUCAGUCAGGAAACCCUCCAUCCACCUGAACCUGCCUGACUUCCAGGAUGCAUCCACAGGUUCCCUCACCCCUCCCUCAGUGGCAGCGUCGCGCCUGGAGGCGGCGCUGUCAGAGGUGUCAGACGUCAGCUCUACCCGCCGCCAAGGCCCCGCCUACAUCUGGACCACGCUGGAACACAUUUGGCUGCAGGCUG